GUUUUGUCACCCGCUUGCCUGACGCCUUAGUAUUUGGGCAGUUAUCCGUCGAGCUAUCCUUGGAUAUUUCUUCGGUGCCUACCUAGAGGCACUUCAUCUGAAUCCUGAUGUGGUUCUGAACGUUUCCUCGACACAGCUUUACUUAUCAAUGGCUACAAAUCAGUCAUCACCAGAUGCUGCACAACCGGUUACCGAAUGCCCCAAGAAGCGCUUAUUUGUUUGCUGCGAUGGGACGUGGAAGGACGCCGUCAACACUGCCGCCCCCCUUACAAAUGUUGCUCGACUUGCUCGAUGCGUCAAGGCCGUUUCCUUCAAAAAUGGUACCCAGAUCCUUCAAAUUGUGCAUUAUCAGACAGGGAUUGGCCGGGGAUCAUCCACAAUCGGGAGAGUUAUAGAUGGCGCUACUGGUAGAGGCAUAUCCACCAACAUCAGAGAUGCGUACAGCUUUUUAUGCCACAACUUUAACAAGGAUAAGGACGAAAUUCACCUUGUCGGGUUCUCUCGCGGCGCCUAUACAGUCUGCUGUUUAGCAAGGCUUAUCAAAGAUAUCGGUAUCCUUACCAAGUCAGGUUUAACCUAUUUUCCGGUUCUUUUCAAAAGGUGGAAAGCUGUUGUACACGAGAAAAAUUCCAAAGAAAAGUUUCAGGAGUUGGACAGCCUUCAUUCGUAUGUAGGGGAACUUGAGAGGGCGCUGCUUACUUCCAGGGGUAUCCGAAUUAAAUCCAUUGGGAUUUGGGACUCUGUAAGUGCUCUUGGGAUCCCAAUCCCCUUACAGUUUCCCCAGCCAGCGGAUAAUGCGUUUCGUUCUAUACGUGCAGUCAUACCUGACAACGUGGACCACUGCUACCAUGCUCUUGCUUUAGAUGAAAUCAGGAAGCACUUUGAGCCAGUUAUCUGGGAACCUGGACGUGCAACGGAAUCUAGCCGCGGAUUUCACCCGCCACUAUAUCUUAUGAAGCAGUGCUGGUUCUUGGGGGAGCACGGAGAUGUUGGAGGUGGGAACAUAGACAGCGCCUUACUUAGCGACACAUCUCUGAUUUGGAUGAUUGCUCAUCUAACUACGGCAGGCGCAGAUUUUGACAACCAGACGUUGUAUGAUUUGCUUGAGCCUAAGAAGCUUUUACUUGAGAAUGCUGCCCAGACUACCGACCAAGAUAGUCCCAGCAGCGCGAACUCCACUGCUACUUACCAAAAUGACUAUGAGGUAGAUUCCCCCCGACUACUACGCCGGCACUCUCAUACAAGGACAUCAGCAAAUGCUCCUAAGGAGAAGAUAAGUGGGGGGCUAUCUAGCCAAAGUUCGACAAAGAUAAGUUUUCAACGAGCACCGAGAAAAUUUGCUUGGGAAUUAUUACGCAGACUCAUGGGAACCCGGCGAAGAAAACCGGGAAAAGAGAUUGGCUGCGGACAGUUGAUACACUGGAGUGCACGCCUACAUCUCAGAGGAGGCCACUAUUCACCAGCUUUAAAAGACUGGACCAUGGUUCGAGCCUUCCAGGAGCAAGACUUUCUCAUGCUGGCUGAAGACGCGAUGAGCCGAGUGGAAAAGGAACUCAUCCAAGACUUGCUGAACCUUAAUAAGGCUCCGGUCAAUAAAGAGCAGGCAGACCAAAAAGAUCCCCGAGGCGGUAAAUUCCUGCAAUUUUUUGAAGAGAAUAAUGAAGAGAUACUAAGGCCUAGACGGUUAUAUGUUGAACCUCGGAUAAAACCACAGGUGAUGGAGAUGGACGAGGACAUUACACGCCACCAUAGGGAGCUAACCGCCGCCGCCGCCCGCACCGAGUAGGGGUUAAGGAUGCCAUCCUCAUACCUACCUUCCGUGGCUCAAGAAUAGUGUACCUGUUAUAAGUGGGAGACCACUGUAUUUUGCGCUGGUUAGUCUGGAGGGGGGUUAUAAUUUCAAUUACACGGUUUAAAAACCUUUCUAUAGAUACGAGGAAUUUAUUGGAGGAAUUUAACUAUCGUAGAUUUUUCCUUUCUCCAUAAGCUCUUCGACUAUUAAGUACCUGUUAUGAAUGCCAUUGUGAAGUGUCUUUAUAACACUUAAAUCUUAAAUUGUCAGACGGCGUUCCAUUAUACAAGUUGAGCUAUUCGAAGCAAGAUACCCAGUUAAAUUUCUAUUUGCCAGUUACAUACCUAGGUAGGUACCUAUGAGGUGGUAAUACCACUCAUGGUCAGAUAGACUGUAAUAGCACUUGUGCUAUUAAGAAAUACACUUUUGGCU